CAUUCGGGUCCAUCAUCGGAAACGAACCAGGGGUCCUAUUCUAAAGCAGACACGAACCAGCGGGUCCUAGUCUAAAGCAAAACCUCUUGUCUUUCAACAACCAUCUUCUCCACAAUGUCGUCUGACGAGAGCUUCACCGGGAAACCUCCGCAGAAGAGAUGGAAGAAGCGAAGGUUGCAAGGAGCUUGUGAUGCUUGUAGGAGGAAGAAAAUAAAAUGUCCGUGAAUGGCGGUAGCAUUUCUUUCGACGAUAUAGCAUAUUUAUAUGCGCAUACAUCUAGGCGACAGCAAGAAUAUGCCUGGUAAUCAAUGUUCGAGUUGUCAGGCAUUCAAUUCACCUUGUACUCAUAACGAUCCGCCGAGGAAACGUGGACCUAAGAGCAAUUAUGUGAUCCGUCUCGAGAAGAGAGUACUGAAGCUUGAAAAAAUUUUGAAGCAGUUCCAGCCGGACGUCACUAUCCCUGAUUUUGAUGAACCUAUUGGGUCAGGCACUGGGACAAGCAAGAAUAUAGACACUUCAAAUAAGGGUUCUCCUUUAUCUGAUAGCCUUGAUGCUGGAGCUGCCACAGAUGAUUCUGAUACCGACCCUGACAUGGAGUACAUCGAAGUUAUGGACCACCUUAAGAAGCUGUCAUUGCACAUGAUGGACAACCGUUAUUUUGGACCAUCCAGUAAUCUUGCAUUCAUGCGAAAGGCGUUCACGAUGAAGAGCGAGCAACAUGGUCAACAAGUCAAUGUUAAAAAAGAACAUUGGAAGAAUUGGCAGACUCAUCACUGGGAGCAAGCAACCGUCCGAAUGAGCCAGAAGACUUUAUAUUUUCCGCCCCCCGACCUCCUCGCGGAUCUCGUAGAGCUGUACUUCACCCACUUCCAUCCGUACAUGCCCAUGAUGCACGAGCCAACUUUCCGUCAGUCUGUAGUCUCAGGACUGCAUCAUGUCGACCAUAGAUUUGGUGCUGUGCUACUCUUAGUAUGCGCUGUAGCUUCAAGAGCGUCCGAUGAUCUUCGAGUUUUCUUGGAAAGCACGUCAGAACACUCAUCAGGGUGGAGGUGGUUUGUACAGACAAGAGAGAUGCCGCGAGCCCUGUUUGACAUGCCAAGUUUGUAUGACCUACAGUUUUGUUGCCUAUCGGCGGAGUUUCUCUUGGCUACCUCUUCGCCUCAAUCAGCAUGGACUAUGAUCGGCUUGGGCAUUAGGUAUGGUGUGGAGAUGGGCGUACAUCGACAACGACCAGAGAAACCUAGUUAUGAAACCGAACUGAGCAAAAGAGCAUUCUGGGGAUUAUAUCUACUUGACAGACAUCUAUGUUUGUAUCACGGCAGACCGCCAGCAAUUCGAGACGAAGAUUUUGACAUCUCGUUUCCAAUUAUCUGCGACGACGAAUACUGGACAAUAAACGAAGAUGGUUGCGAAUUUGCGCAACCUCCAGGCGUGCACAGUAGGAUGGAUUAUUACAUCAUGCAUCUGAGAUUGUGUCAGAUUAUGUCUUUCGCUGUGAGGACGAUCUAUUCCAUCCGCAAAGCGAAGCAGACAGAGGGUUUAGUGGGUGUAAAUUGGCCCCAGAACAUUGUUUCGCAAUUGGAUUCUAUGCUUAACAGUUGGAUCUUUCGAAUGCCUGAACACUUGAAAUGGGGUCAGCAUCGCGAAAACAGGACCUUCUCAUACCAAGCUACAUUUCUGUACGCGACAUAUUACAAUAUGCAAAUACAAAUUCAUCGGCCGUUCAUUCACAAGUCGUCACCACUAACUUUUCCCUCGCUUGCGAUUUGUACCAAUGCAGCACGAUCCUGUUGUCGUGUCCUCGAGAUGCUAAGAGGGGGUGGUUCUCCUCUCCAAUUGUUCGGAUUUUCGAUGGCAGCCUUUUCAUCGGCUGUUAUUCUUGCUAUGAACAUGUGGAGCACAUCCAAGUCAGGUUCUACGACUUCGCCGUCGGCAACGAAGGAGAUGGAGGAUAUCGAUACGUGUUUGGUUGUAUUGGAGCUUAGCGCUAAAAGGUGGAAUAUCUCCGGUCGCUUAGUGGAUAUCUUGAAAGUCAUUGUUGAGGAUGCCCCACCUUCAACCGAAAACCAAUUCGAGGGCGAAGAUAUGGAUUUCUCUUCGGGUGUCGCACCUUCGUUUAUGGCUUCUGGUUCCAGCGCAAACAGUUUCUUUUUUAAUACAACGUGGCCCACCCAACCCGGACCGACAGAAACGCCCGUCUAUGACUAUUCGUUGAUGCAGGUCCCUGGCAUGUCGUCGUCAGCCGUUCCCGAAUCAACCACAGCUGCUUCUACCAGUCAGGAGCCAGCUGAUCAUGUCUUCUGUGUGAAAGGUCCGAGUACAUGCAUGCAGGACUCGAACACAUUGAGUGAUGGAGUCACGUUGAAGCUAGAUGCCAUCAAUAUGUGGUCAAACGCGCCUAUGGGAUUCAGCUGGGAUGACUGGGGAGAGUAUAUAUCUGGCACGGGGACGUAGCAGCCGCUGCAUCGGCUUGAGGUUCGUCUUUUGGAGUCGCGGUUCCGCUACUUCGGAUGAAAUACGCAUGUACUAUUAAUGUUUUGCACUCAUACAGUAUUUAAGCUCAAUCACCAGCGCAACAU